AGCUACUCUGAAAUUGUUGGUCGGUAUAUUGAACCAUUCAUGUCAUGGAAAUUCUGUCUUUUUUUUUGGUAAGGGAAAAUCAAGGAAGAUUCAGUCUGUUAUCGCUAUAUGUAAUGUUUGCUGAUGGUCUGGUUUCACAAAGUCUGCUUGUAUUGACAGGUAGUUGUUGCAUGUUUUACAAGCCUUUUAUGAAUCAUUCAGCUCCCAAUUCCACUCAUCAUACAGACCUUUCUCGGUGUCCUGCGAUGAUGUAGGUAAGUUCGGCCUACAUUUUUAAUGAAAUACGACCGGUGUGACAUCGGGGGCCGAGUCUGUGGUGUGCUCGGACAGGGCAGAGUUGGGGGCAGAGUUUGGGAGGUGCAAAUGAACACUGUGCCUGCAAAUGAACAAUACCCCCCUGAGAGAGACAAAGACAGAGUUUGCAUUGUAGCGUUAGAGUCAAAAGCACUUCAACCCAUUUUAAUCCCUUUGGCUAGAGUUGCUGACACCGAACAACCCUUUAGAACAGCCUGUCCUCAUUGGGUAGAACAGCCAGCCACACUCGGUGUCUUUCCCCCCCCCAUACAAUACUACGCCAGCAAAUGUAACUGUUUUCCCUUGAGAUACUGCCAACAGUCAACCAAGACAGUGCAGGUGUGUGCUACCUCAGUUUUGACCUUCUACAACUAGAGACCAAAGGAACCGUUACACUGGAGCCCGAGCCUCAGUGUUCCCUCAUGAUUGAGGGCGACAGGGAGCUGUCUGCCAUGGCGCAGGAGCUCUGGGAUAACGACGUCAAUCGGUUAAAACCAGGGACCGACUACCGCAUCUCACUGCAGGGAAAAGCGGGAUAUGUUGCGUCUAUGAAUGACGACCAAGAUGGGAUUGGGUUACCUUUGUUCUCAUUUGUUGAUGAAAGCAUUUUCAAAAAGGAGACCUUCAUGGCUUUCAUCUCGUUGUUGGAUAACUACGUGAGCGAUACUGGAGAACCAGAGAUUGUUACCCCAGAGGAGGAGGCCGAAAAUCACAAAUUCCUAGAUUCCAUUAUAAAGACGCCCACCAUGAAGAUUGCUCAUAAGUACCUUGUGGAAAAGAACCUGUCCCCUUCGGACCCGACAGCAUUCAAGCAGCAGUUGUAUCGGAUCUGGUUUGAGCUCUAUGCAAGGAGAGGCUCCAGCAGGCCAGACUCCUCAGGAUUUGAGCAUGUGUUUGUCGGUGAGACUCGUGGUGGACGCACAGUCAUUGGAUUUCAUAACUGGAUUCAGCUGUAUUUGCAGGAGAAGCUUGGGCACAUUGACUACAAAGGCUACAGUGUGAAUGCACAUUCUCCUCAACCCGAUGAGAACAAGCACAUCUUGGCGUUACAGUUCAGCUGGAAAAAUGGCAUCAAACCUAAAGGCAGCAUCUUCAUUGGCGUCAGUCCAGAAUUUGAAUUUUCCCUUUAUACCCUGUGUUUCCUCAGCUCCCCUAACGAACGUGUAAAAGUGUCCUUCAGUCUCUAUGAGGUAGAGAUUGUCUGCCAUCAUUACAACCAGAAGCACAUUGGAACUACGUUCCCUAUUCUUUUGAAAUAUCAGACAGUCUAGAUGCCAUCUUUGACAUAGACUAAUGGGUAGGUGUUAAGAACAUUGUUUUUGUAUUUUUAUUAAAAAAU